UUUUUUUGUCUUAAUUCAAAUUUACACUUUCUCCAAAAUUUCAGAUUGCCUUUGGAUACAGGCUUCAACCUGUUCCCUCCAGAACCGUGCCGGAGAUCUGUUAUUUUGAAGAGAUGGCAAGUUAACACUCACCGGUCUCUGCCUUAUAACUGAAACGUUUGCAACCCCCGCUCUGAGCAGGUGUGCUGAGUUGCAGUUACCCUGUGAUGUUUGUGCCCAAGCUGAAGAUCCCUAUCAACGAGUAAAAUAUGAAUGUGAGCAGAAGCAGUGAUGGCCUUCUUCUUCUUCCUCUUUUUUAAACAAACCAGCGUUUCUGCCUCAGAGUGAAUGUUGUGCCCUUUGCAGGGGUCCCCUGGGAGUUUAAUGCACUUGACCCAAAGACCCGGCUCUGACAUCAUGUCUCAAGCUCCUCUUCUGGAUUUGCUCUGAGCCCGAGGCACAUUCUUUUACCUUUCUUCAAAUGAUAGCAAAUCUUUGUCCUUUCCGGGUGGAUGUGAUUUUGGGAGACAGCCCUUUGGAGCUUCAUCCAGUGAAUAAGGUGACUUCGAGGCAGCUGUUCUGUGGGUGAGCAUUUGAGAGCCAUUAAUCUAGAACUCUUCUAACGGGGCACCAAGCACCAAGAUGUUCCCAAAGCAGCUGGGAUCCAUUAGAACCUGAAGCUGCUGUCUGUGUCUUCCCCACCUCAGUGGAGCCGAAGGCAACAGAGAGCUGUUUGAGAGCGAGCAUUCAACCCAUCAGUUGAAGACUGGCUUUUGGAGGUUUCCAAUGUAGAUCGUGUGUCUCCCUCGGAUGGACUGGGAGAAUUGCUGCCUGGGGCCCUGAGAACACAACCUUCUCCGGGUUUCAUUCCUUGCGGUGAAUGGCCUUGGCCUCAGCAGCCCACUGAGGGCCCCUUCACUUGGGAUUCUGAACCUGUAACUAGGACUCCAGGCUGGGAAGAUGCUGAGUUCCAUCAAGUGUGUGUUGGUGGGAGAUUCAGCUGUGGGGAAGACCUCUCUGCUGGUGCGCUUCACUUCAGAGACCUUCCCUGAGGCCUACAAGCCCACGGUGUAUGAGAACACAGGUGUGGACGUCUUCAUGGAUGGCAUCCAGAUCAGCCUGGGCCUCUGGGACACAGCAGGUAAUGACGCCUUCCGAAGUAUCCGCCCCCUGUCCUACCAGCAGGCCGACGUGGUGCUGAUGUGUUACUCUGUGGCCAACCAUAACUCUUUCCUGAACCUGAAGAACAAGUGGAUUGCCGAAAUCAGGAGCAACUUGCCCUGCACCCCCGUGCUGGUGGUGGCCACCCAGACGGACCAGCGGGAGAUGGGAACCCACAGGGCCUCCUGCAUCAGUGCCAUGGAAGGGAAAAAACUGGCCCAGGAAGUGAGAGCAAAGGGCUAUCUGGAGUGCUCGGCCCUCAGCAACAGGGGGGUUCAGCAGGUGUUCGAGUGUGCUGUCCGGACUGCUGUCAACCAAGCCAGGAGACGCAACAGAAGGAGGUUCUUCUCCAUUAACGAGUGCAAGAUUUUCUAGCCUCCCAGAGACUCCGCCCACACUCCUUUGCUCCCCGCAAAGACUCACGGGGACAGGGAGAGCAGGCAAGCCAGCAAGGACUGGUGCUCUUUCUAGGAAUGUCCGUCACAGCACUUGCCUUAGGAUACCAUCGCUGAUGAGGCUGGCCACUGGCUGUUUUUAUGAAAUACACUCUACAUAUGAAAAGCUCUUGCCCAGUCCGAUUAGAAGGUUCUAUAAUGAAGAUUUCCUUCUUUGAUUAAAAAAAAACAAAGUAGUCUCCAUCAUUUUGGACAAUGAAGUGAGUUUUUCCAAGAAUUCCAUAUUUAAAGACAGGUUUUAUUUAAAUGAUAACACAAUGUCUAGCUCUUGUAAUAUAAUUAGUUUUUACAUUUGGAAAGUCUUUCCCUACAUGGUCCCAAACACAAACUGCUGUAUGAGUGACAUAACCCUCUGGGGGCUCUGCCAAAGCCUUGUAGUGUUUUCCCCCAUGUAGUGAUUUUGUGGAGACCACUUGCCCGCUAGAUAUUCCUAGGUAAUCAAAUUUUAAAAUGACCAUGGCCGGAUCCUUGCAAUUACUUUUCCAUCCACCUGUUAUUCAGAGUUGUAUAUAAAAUACAGUUCAAUAACAUAAGAUUCUUUAAUGCUGCCUAAUUAAAAAUUUAAAUUUUAAA